AUGGGUUUCCAAUUUCAGCAUCUGUGCGAUUUGCUCUCAUCGCUCGAGAGCAAUCGAAUCACUAAAGCCGCCACCCAAUCCCGAUCCACAGAUCCAGAUGCCCGCGUCGUCAGUCUAUGGUUCAGACAACAUGCCAAGCGGCUCCGCCAGGCAGACACAGACCAGCUCGCCGUCCUAUCAUGUUUAUUUCCCGAGAAGCGGACCGACAGGGUAUACAUGCUACAGGAUAUCUCCCUGUCGCGAGUAAUCGGACGAUGUCUGCUCCUCGGGUCCUCUCGUCGCCAAGAGCUCGAAAAAUGGCGAGUAAAAGGGGGCGCGGAUCUCGGGCAAUGCGUGGAAAACGUGAUGAAGCAAGCUGAGAACCAAAUUCUCAACGGACAGGAAGUCACAGUGGAGGAUAUUGACGCCGUGUUAACGCAGAUCGCGUCGCGGAGCAAGUUCUCGGGCCCGAGGGUGCGACGACAGCGAACGGCUGUGGGUGUCGAGGAGACGCUGUCCCCGAUCUAUCGCCGGCUGGGAAGUCGGGACGCGAAGUGGCUGACGCGCAUGAUACUGAAGUGUUACUAUCCGGUUGUGGUCCCUGAGGGAAUAGCGCUGAGGAGUCUUCACUUCCUAUUGCCGCGGCUGCUUCUGUUUCAGAACUCGUUCGAGGCUGCGUUGAGCAUGCUGAGGACGGAGCCGUUGGUGUAUUUCCCUGCGCAUCCGGAACCGUGCCAGGCGCAGGAUUUGGGCGCGAGAGCCCUGGACCAUCUGUAUCCGAUGACGGGGGUUAAGAUUGGACGGCCGGAUUACUAUAAAGCUCGCAGUAUUAAACACUGCUGUCAGAUGAUUGAUGGUCGACGGAUGAGUAUAGAGAAGAAGUAUGAUGGGGAAUAUUGUCAGAUUCAUAUCGACCUCUCAAAGCCACACGACUCCAUCCAAAUCUUCUCCAAGAGUGGGAAGGAUUCCACGGAAGACAGGGCUGGCAUUCAGGACGUUCUCAAAGAGUCCCUCAGAAUGAAAAUGCCGGACUGCAAGUUCUCGCGACGGUGUAUUCUGGAAGGUGAGCUGGUUGUAUGGAAUGAUGUGCGCCGUAGAAUCAUGGAUUUUCAUAAGCUGCGUAAAUAUAUCUCGCGAUCUGGCACUUUCAUCGGCACGGAAAAUGAUUCGCAAAGACCGCACCCUGAUGAGCAUCUGAUGAUUGUCUUCUUUGACGUCCUACUACUUGACGACGAUGUUUGCCUGCGAAAACCCCAUCGAGAGAGAAGACUGCUUCUCAAAAGCCUGGUCAAACUCAUCAAUGGCCGCGCUGAUAUAGCCGACCAACGUGUCCUGGAUUUUUCACAUCCUGGCAGUCAGUCUCGACUUGAAGCGCUUCUUGACAAAGGCAUCGCCGAGCGAUGGGAGGGAUUCGUCCUGAAAGGCUGCGAGGAUCCUUACUUCACCUUUACUGGGGGAGCGAACGGCUCCUUUGGCCGAUGGAUUAAGCUGAAGAAAGAUUACAUUCCAGGGCUCGGCGAUACAGUCGACUUGACGAUCAUUGGGGGGUCGUACAAUGCUCGAGAUGCCGUCGCACUCAGAGAGCGCCAUAAAAAGAUACUGUGGACACAUUUCUUCAUUGGAUGUCUUGUCAACAAAGACAGUGUUCUGCAAUCCAAUGUCAAGCCGAGGUUUCGAGUGAUUGACGUGGUCGACCGGAAUGGCAUCAGUCCGCAAAACAUGCAAAUCCUCAAUCAAGUUGGGGAGUUCAGUGCCUGCGCAACUGACUCAGAUGAUCACGGGUUUGAUAUAGAAAUCGAACAUGGUGGUCUGCCGGGUAUGACUACCGUAUAUAAGAAGCCAUUUGUCGUCGAAAUGCUAGGCGGUGGGUUCGAAAAGCCUUCCAGUGCCAGAUAUUUCACUCUUCGGUUCCCCAGAAUCCUGAAGAUUCACUCGGAUCGCUCUUUCGAGGAAGCAGCCUCUUUCACAGAACUGCAGCUUCUAGCGGACGAAGCUCGAGCAAUCCCCUCCGAGGAGCUGGCGCAGGAACAGCAGUGGUCGAAACGAUUGAAGCUGGGCGAGGGGUCAUCCAAGUACAUAAUUGAUCGAUCGCAAAGCGUGGUCUCGACAACUGCCUCGUCUCCGCCAACUUCGUCCGCGUCUGCGACUGUGUGUAACCCUGGACAAUCUGGCGGGGCAUAUCGUUCAGGUACAACCCAGAUUCCGAUCUAUGUCGACGCCUCGAGGUCAUCCAGUCCACGGUCUAAUGUAUCUGAUCCCGCUGGACACUUGCUGACUAGCUCUGAGAAUAUUCCAAACCAAAGCUCUCGCCAACGCAAAGACUCUACAGCUAUAUCGACAUCAAACAUGGAUCCCAAACCCACCACUCUACCUUUACGGCACACUGAGUAUCCUGAAAAUCUCGACCACUCGAACGAGUUCAAAUCACAGAGCAAAGAACCAAAAACAACAGGAAACCAAGUAACCAAGUCCGAGACAAUUCCCAGCGCCCCUCACGCCUCCAAGACUCAGACUCACCCCAAAAACCCCUUAUCCACCAUCCCAAUAUACUCCAACGCCAGCAAGAACAACGACGAAAACAUCCUCGCCACCACACUCCCCACAAUCUCUUCCCUAGCGAUAUUCCUCCAAACCCUUCAAUCCAUGUCAUCUCUAGGCCUCAUUCUCCUAAACACCCAACAAACACCCCUGGGUCUGUUCCUGUUCACACUCAGCAGAACCCUCCAUCGCCAACACCUCCAUGCCCACUCUCCACCGGGCAAGAUCUUAAUCUUCGACUCGGCGUUUCUCGAAAUACCCGCCCCAGCGGAUGAUAUCAGAUUCAAUCUUCAGGAAACAUGGUCGGAUAUCGCGCGGGAGUAUUUCUACGCGUGUGUGAAAUGGGAUACGAACACAGUCAGUUUUCCUGACACGAACCGGAUAAUUGAAGAGAAGAAUAGAGCGACGAGAAAGCAAGGUUAUUCGGAUGGAGUUCCAUCGUGUUCAGAAAUUCCCUGCACGCCGAUGCCAAAUGCAGCUCAAACACGGUCAGGGCAGAAGCUUAACGACCCAGGCGCAGAGAACGGUGUCAGUUUCGGUGCCGGGGAAGAAACUGGUACUACACCUCAUGGGAUGGAAGGAGAUCUACCUAGGUUCUCUAUCUCUGUGGUAUUCGAUAGGAGGGAGGUGUUUUGUCUAGGGGGGGUUGGAGUCUCCUGA